GUCUCCGGCUGGGCCGACACGCUCUGAGGAACUGGCAGGACAGGUGCUGCUUCCCACUUCAGAGUCCAAAGGCCUGGCUGGUGUGGCUUAUUGGGCAAAUCUUGCUCACACCCCGCCGGGCAAAGGAAGAAAACCAGAGGAGCCAGAUGCCUCAGGUGACUGGGGACAGCUGGUGACAGGACGGGAGGUACUGCUCUGGCACGUGGCCACCAACACCUAGUUAGGAAGUCCGUGACUCCAACAACAGCUCUGGGAGAACCCGAUGGCUCCCGUGAGGCAAGCCCCAAGGAUGAGGCUGCCCAAGCUGCUGAUUUUCCUGGCUUACUGGGCAGUCGCCAGGGCUGGAACAGGGAAGUUCUGGCAUGUCUCUGACCUGCACCUUGACCCCAACUACAAGGUAUCCGAAGACCCCCUCCAGGUGUGCCCAUCUGCCGGCUCCCAGCCGGUGCCCAGCGCGGGCCCCUGGGGCGACUACCUCUGCGAUUCUCCCUGGGUCCUCAUCAACUCCUCCAUCUACGCCAUGAAGAAGAUUGAGCCGGAGCCAGACUUCAUCCUCUGGACUGGUGAUGACACGCCGCAUGUGCCCGAUGAAAAGCUGGGAGAGGAGGCCGUGCUGGAAAUUGUGGCACGUCUGACUGAGCUCAUCAGAGAGGUCUUUCCAGAUACAAAAGUCUAUGCUGCUUUGGGAAAUCAUGACUUUCAUCCCAAAAACCAGCUCCCAGCCAGGAGCAACAAUAUCUACAAUCAGGUAGCAGAGCUCUGGAGACCCUGGCUCAGUAACGAAUCCAUCGCUCUCUUCAAAGAAGGUGCCUUUUAUUCUGAGAAACUGCUGGGGCCGAGUGGGGCUGGGCGAAUUGUGGUCCUCAACACCAAUCUGUACUAUAGCAACAAUGAGCAGACAGCCGGUAUAGCCGACCCCGGCCAGCAGUUCCAGUGGCUGGAAGAUGUGCUGACUGAUGCGUCCCGAGCAGGGGAAAUGGUGUACAUUAUUGGUCACGUGCCCCCGGGGUUCUUUGAGAAGACUCGGAACAAAGCAUGGUUCCGGGAGGGCUUCAAUGAGGAGUACCUGAAGGUGGUCCGGAAGCACCACCAAGUCAUCGCGGGGCAGUUCUUUGGGCACCACCACACCGACAGCUUUCGGAUGUUCUACAAUGAUGCAGGUGCCCCCAUCAGUGUCAUGUUCCUUACACCUGGGGUCACUCCAUGGAAAACCACCUUGCCUGGAGUGGUCAACGGAGCCAACAAUCCAGGCAUCCGGCUGUUUGAAUAUGACCGAGACACACUGAACCUGCAGGAUAUGGUGACGUACUUCUUGAACCUGAGCCAGGCGAACGCGCAGGGGGCGCCGCGCUGGGAGCUCGAGUACCGGCUGACGGAGCUCGCCUUCCUGAUCGAUCUGGGCGCCGACCUGUGGGCCGCGAGCCAGUAUGUGCUUAGCGGUCGCUACCUGUGGGCCGCACUGGUGCUGGCGCUCUUGGGCCUUGCGUCGGUCGCGCUGCAGUUCUUCAGCUGGAUCUGGUUGCGCUCCGACCCCCACGGCCUGCACACGUCGCAGCCCCCAGGCCAGUGCCUGGCGCUGCUGCAUCUCCUACAGCUGGGCUACCUGUACAGGUGCGUGCAGGGGCUGCAGCAGGGGCUGCUGGUGUGGCGGCAGGAGGCGCCCUCUCAGUUCGACUUGGCCUACGCAGACUUCCUUUCCCUGGACAUCAGCAUGCUGCGACUCUUUGAGACCUUCCUGGAGACAACUCCACAGCUCACGCUGGUGCUGGCUAUCGUGCUCCAGAGGGGCAGCGCCGAGUACUACCAGUGGGUCAGCAUCUGCACAUCCUUUGUGGGUGUCUCAUGGGCUCUGCUCGACUACCACCGGGCCCUGCGCACCUGCCUCCCGUCCACGCCCCGCCUAGGGCUGGGCACCUCCGUGAUCUACUUCCUGUGGAACCUGCUGCUGCUGUGGCCCCGAGUCCUGGUCGUGGCCCUGUUCUCAGCCCUCUUCCCCCGCUACGUGGUCCUGCACUUCUUGGGCUUGUGGCUGGUGCUGCUGUUCUGGGUCUGGCUUCAGGGCACGGACUUUAUGCCGGAUCCCUGCUCCGAGUGGCUGUACCGGGCGACAGUGGCCACCAUCCUUUAUUUCUCCUGGUUCAACGUGGCUGAAGGUCCCACCCGAGGCCGCGCUACCAUCCAUCUGGUAUUCCUCCUGAGUGACAGCCUUCUCAUGGUGGUCACCUGGGUGACUCAUGUCGCCUGGCUGCCCAGCGGGAGCCUGCUGCAGAUGUUGCUGCCUGGCGCCGGCAUCUGCUUCCUUCUGGGGCUGGCUCUGCGGCUUGUCUACUACUGCUGGCUGCACCCCAGCUGCCACUGGGAGCCUGACCGGGUGGAUGGGGCCUGGGGUCUGCGCUCCCUUGAGGAGCGUCCGCUGCCUCAGAACAGGCGCAUGGCCCAGUUGGCUCAGAACUUCUUCCCCAAGGCUAAGGAUGCACCUGCUUUGCUAAGGAAGGGAGAGGUGAAUGGUGUCCUUUGAGGAAGGGAACUAAAGGACACAUGGAAUCAGUUGGGACAAUGUAGAAGAUAAGCUACUUAUGCUGCUAUGAGCCUUGAUUCACUCAAUAAGCACUUGAUGCCUGAUCUGUCCCAGGCAUGGGAGACCAGAGCUACUCAGACAGAGGCCUGCCCUCAAGGGAGGGUCAAGGGCCCCAGUUAUGUAUAAAACACUUUGUGAGGAAAGAAGAGACCGCCCUUUCCUACCCCCAUGACCGGUAUAGCCAGUACCCCAAAGCAUGCCAGUGUUAGUAUUUUAUCCCCCUGGCCACCUCUAAAAUACUUGGUGGAGGUGCUGUCCCACCCCUGGGGUCCCUUAUCCUGCCCCAGGACCUCCAGGAUGUGUUCUGUGGAAUUCCGCCUCCCUUGCCCCACCAUCAUUCAGUUCAUUCAGCAAUUGUUUACAGAGGGCAUCUUAUGUGCCAGGAACAUCAUUCUAUUCUUGGCAGAUCAGCUCCCCUCUAGCUUCAUCCCUUAGACUGUCCAGCUCCUCCAGAGCGGGCACUCAUUCUGGAAGCCAGGGCUGCCCAUCUGGCUGGCUCCUGUCAGUCCCUCCAAGGCCUUAGUGCAGUCGGCCCAGCCUCUGCCCCUGCUCUCAAGGGGUGACCUUUCAACCAAUUGCCUUAGGAACCUGUCUGGGCCAUGGCUCAGCCCAUUAAGUAUUUUUUUUUUACAGGCAGUGUACUUUCUACCUCAGAGGCUGUGUGGGAGAAAGAGGUGUAUGUGUCUCUGUAAGUGAGAGACACGUGUGUGUGGUUUUUGUUGAACAGUAUUGUUAAUUAUUAAAACCUCAUGAAAUCCUCCA